GUGGAGUGAGGUGUGGCAUGCGGAAAUUGCUUCUAUGGCUUGCGGUCUUGUGCAUUAUCUGUACGAUAGGGUUCACGGAGGAAAUAGAGAUUACUGUAGAUAAUGAAGUGGUGAAAGAUAAAACACAGGAAAAAGACCUUAAAAAGGAGAUAAAUAGGCUCUAUGACGAAAUUGAGAAGCUAGACGCCAUCAUCAACGAAAUGGAUGAGGAGAUGAAAUCUAUGGAAAAGAAGCAAUACCCUCGUAUUGAAAAUUUGAAAACAAGAAUCAAUAAAGUGCAGUCGACGAUCAGCUUAUACAACAGGGAGAUUUCUCAAACAAAGGCUUCAAUUGACUCCAAAAAGUUCUUACUCGCUAAAAUUGAGAAAAAUGCAGGUAUUUCGAAGUUCGAGUCUACGCUGUACAAGAUAUUCAUCGUUAUCAAUCGAUUCUUAGCUCGGAUCUUCAACUUCUUGUUAGAGUGGAUUCAGAGAAUAGAUUCUAAGAUUUCCAUGUUCCUAUAUCAACGUGCAAGAAAGUAUUAG